AUGAAGGGGAAGAUGUGGUUGAUUGCUUUACUUCUGGUUCUUUCUUUGGUGAUUUCAUCUUAUGUGAGUUCAGCUCAAGCAUACAAAUUCCGCAAGCUCGGCAGAGUUAUAGACACUGACCCUAGUAUAUCACCACCGGCGGACCAAUGUUGCUAGGAAGCAAAAGGAGAUGAACAUAUGGGGACUUCUCGUAGAAAAAGCCGUGUCUGUCAGAAAGUUAACUGUGGCGUAAAUAUAUGUCUGCUUAACUGAUUCAACGAAAAUUUGUAUAUCUUUUUUGAUAAAAUGGUUUUCUUUAGUAACUGACAAAUAAG